AGUCUAUGAUUUGUUGAAAUGAUUCCUGAAAUGAUUAAUUAAACACAGUUAGGGCCGGUGAGAAAACAAUUUGAGUGAAUUUUCGUGUGACGCGAUCACUAUAAAUUGAUGUGUGGCGUAAUACUGCAUCAUAACACUCUCCUGGGUGUGAAGGAACAAAGCGAAUCAUUUUCACAUCUUACUUCGAGAUACGAGAUUCGAUACCGUUGGAAUCUGUCGAGCGAAGUACGAGAGAAAAAAAUGAAGUUUGUGGUUGUUUUUAUCACUUUGUUCUUGGUUUGUUACACUCACUCUUACAAGCUACCUACUAGCUGUAAGCAGAUAAAGCAGAUGAACAGCCGAGCAACGAGCCGUCUUUACAUAAUCAAACCUGUGCCUUUCCUUUCACCCUUGAUUGUGUACUGUGAGAUGGCAAUAAGCGGCGGUGGCUUCACGUUUCUCCCUAGGGGCUUCACCCGCAAGACACAUGCCAAUUUAAUCGUCAAUGCUCUUUUUACCGAACGAAAAAACGUCCUCCUAAAACUACAGCAGUUUGGGGGCCACAAAGAGUCCUACACAUUGAUCAAGCCAUUACAUGCCUACAAGCAUUACAACUUUGGUGUCCGGGUGAACAGCUACACGGGCUACACGCCGCCAGUGAACAGGUUCAUGCAUGAUUACAUCCUCUUGGGGAUCAUCCCAAAACAUGUUGCGGCACAACGCAGCAUCCAGGGCUUCAUCUCCAAUGGUCACUACGUGCAGUUUAGGAACUGUGACGGCAACCCGAACAGCCUGUUCGCCUUCCUGCCAAAUCACCGCCACCAAACCCCAAGCUCUUAUCACGCCAGUAACACGGUGUAUGAACGACGAGGUGUAGCUGUUGAUUGGCGCAAAACAGCAUCGCCCAUCCACCAUCCUGUCCGCGUCAUGCCCAACGAGUUCUUUUUCCUAACCGAAUUGCAUUUUGGGGGAUGUGGCACUUACACGAGCAGUGACCGCUGGAAGGACUAUCGAGCCGCUGCUAUUGGGCUUCGUUAAAACCUGUCAGUCGGUGAAAAUUUAGAAAUAAGCCAUAAAAUGUAAGGGGAUUGAGGUCACUUGAGGUUUUUAAAUACAUGUAAGGGGCAUUGUUAAAUCUUGCGCUUAUUUCAAAGCCAUGCAUGGAAAAAAUAAACAGCUUGGGAAUAAAAUGGAACUUACAGUA